AUGGCUCAUGACCCUCGACUAUCCAGUGCGGGCACUGCCACUCCCAAUCCACCACCUCCGCCCCCUCCUCCACCCCUGGAGCCCUCCAUGACAGGAACAGGCGAGGCCCAGGCCGCAGAAGCAUCUGCACCCGCACAGUCGUCAGACUCAUUUAAGCUGAAGUUCUGCACAGUAUGUGCAUCGAACCAGAACCGUUCGAUGGAAGCCCAUCUCCGGCUUUCGACAGCGCCCUCUCCCUUCCCCGUCAUCUCCUUCGGAACAGGUUCCCUGGUCCGUCUUCCAGGACCAUCCAUCACUCAACCUAAUGUCUACAACUUCAACACCACUUCGUACUCGCAAAUGUAUGACGAGCUUCUCUCCAAGGACGAAAGACUCUACCGUAAUAACGGCCUUCUGAACAUGCUCGAUCGCAACCGGAAUCUGAAAUGGGGCCCGGAGCGCUUCCAGGACUGGGUUCCGGGGAUGCCGCGUGUGGACCAUGUGUCGAAAGGCGACAAGGGUGCCCUGGGCACGGAAGGAGGCGCGGUCGACGUCAUCAUCACCUGCGAGGAGCGGUGCUGGGAUGCCGUCGUAGACGAUCUCAUGAACAAGGGCGCGUCCCUCAACCGACCAGUCCACGUGUUCAAUGUUGAUAUCAGAGAUAACCAUGAGGAGGCCCUGGUAGGAGGAAAGGCUAUCCUCGAAUUAGCCUCGCGACUCAACGAAGCCGCGACCCAGGAACGCAAGAUUCACGGUGCCGAGGGUUGGGAAAACGGUACCGGCGAAGCCCGUAGGAGCUUCGACGAACGCGUACCUGAGAUUCUGGCUUCAUGGCAGGAGAAGUGGCCUAACUUGCCGGCUCUGUGGACUCUGGCCUGGCUAUAG